AACAAUCAGAAAUAUAAUUGAACAAUCAGAAAUAUAAUCGAAAAAUUGAUGAUCGAUUGAUAAUCAUCAAAUUUAGAACAAAUGCCGAAGCAAGUAAUUGUGACCGAAAAAAUGCUUAAAUCGGAGACGAAGAAGGGUGGAAUAUACAGCAACCUUAUGCAGGCAGGGAAAUUUUGAGAAGUUACUGCUGCGGUAUUAUGAUGAAGCAGUAAGAACAGCGAAGUAAAUGAUGAGCAAAAGCACAACCUACAUAGCGAAUCUCUUAAAGACUUGCAUUGACAAAAAAUCACACAUUUCAGGCAAGCUCAUCCACGCCCACAUUCUCCGUCUUGGUCUCUAUGACGACACUUUCCUCUCCAACCGUCUCAUAGAGCUCUACAACAAAUGUUGCCAAAUCAACACUGCGCGCCACCUGUUUGAUCAAAUGCCGCAUAAGAAUAUUUAUUCUUGUAAUGCCAUGUUGAGUGCUUAUUGCAAGUCUAGUAAGUUAGAGGAUGCUUAUUUGUUGUUUGAUGAAAUGCCUGAGAGGAAUGAGGUGUCGUGGAACACGUUGAUCAGUGCUCUGGUUCGAAAUGGGAUGGCGGAGAAAGCGGUGGGUGUUUAUCGCGGGAUGAAAUGGGAGGGUUUUGUGCCGACCCAUUUUACGCUGGCGAGUGUUGUGAGUGCGUGUGGGAUGAUGGGGGAUGUUAAGUGUGGGAGAGGGGAGCAUUGUGUUGCGAUUAAGAUUGGAUUGGAUGAGAAUGUGUAUGUGGGCAAUGCUUUGUUGAGUAUGUAUGCUAAGUGUGGGUGUAUUGGUGAUGCUGUUAAGGCUUUUGAGGAUUUGGUUGAACCUAAUGAGGUGUCUUUUACGGCUAUGAUGGGGGUUUUAGCAGAGACGGAUCAAGUCGAAGAGGCAUUGAAAAUGUUCAGAUUAAUGUAUAGGAUUGGUAUUAGUGUGGACUCUAUCUCAUUAUCUUGUGUUUUGGGGGUUUUUUCAAGAAGUGGGAUUGGUAACACAACGGGAUUAUUGGGUAACGCUCAUGGUCGGCUUAUACAUGGGCUCAUAAUUAGACUUGGUUUUGAGAAAGACCUUCACUUGGGUAAUUCUCUACUUGAUAUGUAUGCUAAGACACGAGAUAUGGAGAGUGCUGAAGCCGUGUUCAAUUCUUUGCCUCAAGUUAGUAAUGUUUCAUGGAAUGUCAUGAUAGGUGGGUAUGGUCAGGAUUAUCAAAUUGGUAAGGCGUUAGAUUAUAUGCAGAUGAUGAAAGAAUAUGGUUUUGAAGCUGAUGAAGUCACUCACGUCAAUAUGCUUGCAGCAUGUAUCAAGUCGGGGAAUGUCGAAACUGCGCGUAAAAUAUUUAGUAACAUGGCAUGUCCAAGCUUAGUUUCAUGGAAUGCAAUGCUCUCAGGGUAUUUUCAAGAUGAAAAAUUCAAAGAGGCUAUCAAGCUCUUCAGGGAAAUGCAGUUUAGGAAUGUCCAAGCUGAUCGAACUACUUUGGCUAUCAUCCUCAAUUCAUGUGCUGUUUUGGGGCUUUUCGAAUGGGGGAAAGCAGUUCAUUGUACCUGCAUCAAGGGUCUGAAUCACACUGAUAUUUAUGUUGGCAGUGGGCUUAUUGGCCUUUAUUCAAAAUGCAAUCAGGCAGAUGUUGCAAAAUCUAUAUUUGAUAGGAUGCCAGGCAGAGAUAUUGUCUGUUGGAAUUCUAUGAUAGCUGGAUUAUCACUGAAUUCGCUUGAUAAGGAAGCAUUCAAUCUUUUUAAACAAAUGAUGGGAAAAGGGUUGUAUCCUACUCAAUUUUCUUAUGCUACCAUCUUGAGUAGUUGUGCCAAAUCAUCAUCUGUUCCCCAGGGAAGACAAGUACAUACACAGAUAGUCAAAGAUGGAGUUGUUAAUGAUGUAUAUGUAGGAAGUGCUCUGAUUGACAUGUACUCUAAAUGUGGUGAAGUUCAUGAAGCCAGAGUAUUCUUUGAUACAAUGCCCUUCAAAAACACUAUCACAUGGAACGAAAUGAUACAUGGGUAUGCUCAGAAUGGAUGCGGCGACAAGGCUAUUGAUCUCUAUAAUGAAAUGAUUCAAUCUGGUGAAAAACUGGAUGGAAUAACAUUUCUUGCCGUUUUAACUGCUUGUAGCCAUUCAGGACUGGUUGAUCAUGGAAUCGCAAUAUUCAACUCAAUGCAGUCAGAGCAUGGAGUAGAGCCUCUUUCUGAUCAUUAUACUUGUAUGAUAGAUACUCUGGGCCGUGCUGGUCGGUUCCAUGAAAUUGAGGUAUUAGUGGAUAAGAUGCCGUGCAAAGAUGAUCCCAUUGUGUGGGAAGUUUUGCUUAGUUCUUGUAGGUUCCAUGAUAAUGUGACCUUGGCAAGAAGAGCAGCAGAUGCACUUUUUUCUUUGGACCCGAAAAAUUCUGCCCCUUAUGUUCUUUUGGCCAAUAUGUAUUCUUCAUUAGGAAGAUGGGAUGAAGUGAAAUAUGUGAGAGAUAUGAUGAGUAAGAAGAGCAUUGUCAAGAAUCCAGGUUAUAGCUGGCUUGAACAUAAGAAUGAGAAGCAACACAUGGUUAAUCAUUACAGCUAUAUGGAGAUGCCUGACUCAGAAGCAGUCUGUAUUCUGUAAUCCCUCCUUGUGUUAGAGCAAUCGCUAGGUAAUAGGUUAUCACAUGUUGGGAAAACUCAAAUGAAUAGUCCUCCAGUAUAUUGUAAAAUCUUGCUUCGAAGAUUGCUUUUUCUUGAUCACAUAAGAACGAAUACUUCUCUUGCAAGUACUGAAGGAGAUACCUUAAUCCCAACUGAAGAGUCUGAUGAUUGUACCAGAAUGUUCGCAUGCUAACUGCUGUAAUAUAGUGAAAACCAAAACUGAUAAGAGGAGCAUCACAUCAGCCUCACCAGCUCUAAUAAUUGGUGGCAUUCUUGGCGUAAUCCAAGCUUUAUUACUGAUAUCUUUAGCAGAACUUGCCUUAAUUAUUGUGGUGGUCAUAGAUUCCUAUAAGCUAAACCCUGCACAACAGUACUUGGAAUUGAAGUCUCUUGGUGCUCCAACUGUUCUCUCUCACUGGCUAUGCAAAGGUUUCUUUCGUCUCUGUGCCACUUGCAAGUGCAAUACGAAAUUAUUAUGGGUACUAUUAUACCUUUAAAAACUCACCAGAAAAAGAUAGAAAACGAACACUGAAAGGCGAUAUUUGGCUAUGCAGAUUAGUCUGUAACUAUUGAUCUGACUCGCAUUACUUGGAUAUAAUACAGUGGCAGGCGACACAACAAAUAUAGUUUUGGACCCAAAAUAUAUUCCUUUGCCGUCUUGGUGUGCAGCAAUUGUUCAUGUUUUUCUAAGUGUGUUACAAUGAACUGCUUUCAAGUAUGAUUGCUUGUGCUAUGCUUUGGAAUCUCCGUGCAUCAUUUUUUUAUGCUGCUGCUGCUGUUGGGACUGGUCCUUCGGCCUGGUUCUUGCCAUCAUCCUUGCAGUUGGGCUACAAUGUGCUGGAAGGAAUUCUGGAAAUGAUGUUGAUGUCUCCACCUCACUAUCAGUUUUCAGCUACUCAACCAAUCAAUGCGCUAGCCUUUGUUUUUGAUGGCGUCAGUCUGGGAGCUUCGAUUUUUGAUAUGCAGUACAUUGUAUGCUGGCUAAACUUCUCUGCUGUUCAAAUUGUAAAUUAUCUGGAAAGCUUCCAUACAGGGAGAGGGAAUGUAUGUCCUUGCAACUUGGCUUCCCAAAAUGACUUUCAUAUGAAGCGAUCAGGCACCAACUAAUGCCACAAGCAGACCUGGAUAUGUCAGUCGAUUAUAGUCAAGUUCUUGCAAUAUAAUGCCUGCCGGCUACGCACAGCUGUCUGGCCUUUGAUUAAUCUUAGUUUUUCCAGGCUCCAGCAGCCCUGGUACAUUUGCUCGUGCUGUUCGUCAAUUAAAGACUAUAGGCUCUAAUCCCUGCUUAGAUGUAAAGUAUAAUAUUCAGUACCAUUUGAAGACAUGAUUCAUGGUCUUUCUCGUAUCCACUGCCUGAUUCUCAUUUAUUUAACAUUUUUUCCUUU